AUGGCCGAAUGUGCUCGUGGACGUGGUCGUGGCGGUCGUGGCGGAAGGGGUCGUGGAGAGGAAACCCUUGUUGAUGACGGGAACCGACGACGAGAUCUGCGUGACGUCGAGAACGAUGAACUGCGACAGCAACUUCGCGCUCUCCAGGAGCGUCUGGAACGUCUGGAGAAGGUGGAGGUGGAGAACUCGACAGAGGACAAUUCAGAUACUGAUGUAUCUACAAAUAACGACGUCGACGACGUCAAUCCGUUCGCUCAUCUGGACGGCCGGCGAGGCGGCGGCGGUGAAUAUGGACCUGAUCCAGCACGAGAUAUCGGCAUGAGGGUUGACAUUCCGGAAUUUGAAGGUCGAGCCCUUCCUGACGAAUUCAUCGAUUGGCUGAAUACGGUUGAGCGGGUGUUUGAUAUUAAACACGUCAGUGAUAGCAAUAAGGUGAAAUUGGUCGCAAUUAAGCUGAAGAAACAUGCUUUAAUAUGGUGGGAACACACGAAGAAGCAGCGAUCAAGGGAGCGAAAAGGGAAAAUUCAAUCGUGGGAAAAGAUGAAGAAAUUGUUGCGUCGCAAGUUUCUUCCGGCUCAUUUUAGGCAGGAGGCUUUUAUUGAAUAUCACGGAUGUAAGCAAGGAGAUAAGUCUGUAGAGGAUUUCACGAAUGAGUUUGAUCGUCUGAAGAAGCGUUACGAUGUUGAUGAAGAGGAGGAACAGACGAUUGCUCGAUAUUUUGGGGCACUCCGGCCUGAAAUUGCAGAUGUUGUGCAGCUACAACAAUAUUGGAAUUAUGACGACGUGUGCAGGCUCGCCUCGAAAGUCGAGAAACAGUUGACGAGGAAGAAGGCAGUUAGUCGCUGGUCAGGGAAAGAUGCGACACCUUUUCGUAGCAGUGGCAGUACCGCGGGGCAAAACAAAUCAUCCACUCCGGCAGCGAGACAUCCAGCUGCUAAACCGAUGGAAACCGGGCAGCGGUCGAGACCACCAGUGCGCUGUUUUAAGUGUCAAGGCUUUGGGCAUAUACAAGCUGAUUGCCCCAAUCGACAGAUGAUCACGUUAGUGGGUGACGAGGGUAUUCCUACGUAUGACAAAACAUACGACGAGAGCGAACUGUCAGAUGGGAGUGCCGAGUUGGUGUAUGCGGACCAAGGGGCUGCCUUGGUAGUUCGGCGUGUGUUGAAUGUGAAAGCUGCAGAGGAUGAGCUAUGGCUACGUCACAAUGUUUUUCAGACCAAGUGUACGACAAAAGGAAAGGUUUGUCACGUCAUUAUUGAUGGAGGCAGUUGUGAGAACGUGGUUUCCUCGAUCAUGGUGGAAAAGUUGGGGUUAAAGACGGUUGCUCAUCCACAACCCUACAAGCUAUCAUGGUUGAUCAAAGGUAGUGAGUUGAAGGUCAGCAAGCGAUGUCUAGUUCAAUUUUCCAUUGGGACGCGAUAUGAAGAUGAGGUAUGGUGUGAUGUAAUUCCUAUGGAUGCAUGUCAUAUUUUGCUUGGUCGUCCUUGGCAAUUUGAUCGCAAGGUCAAGCAUGAUGGGUUUAAGAAUACUUAUACAUUCAAGAAAGAUGGUGCUACUAUCACCCUGUGUCCUUGUCCGGAUACGAAGUGUGACCCUGUUGUGAACAAAACUGCCAACGAGAAUAGUAACUUGUUGACGAGGUCAAAUUUCGUGACAGCGGCGUCGGAGGCACCAACAUGCUACAUGUUAGUCGUGGUCGAGAGUAACGGCGCGGGUAUGAGUAUCCCCAAAGAAGUGCAGCCGCUUGUGAAAUUGUAUGAGGAUGUGUUACCGGCAGCCAUUCCGCCUGGUUUACCUCCUAUGCGAGAUAUACAACACUGUAUUGAUUUGAUUCCAGGUUCCUCUAUCCCUAACAAGGCUGCGUAUCGUUUGCGGCCAAAGGAGCACGAAGAGUUGCAGAAACAGGUGUUGGAGUUGUUGGAGAAAGGCGUCAUUCGAGAGAGCAUGAGUCCGUGUGCUGUCCCGGCUUUAAUGGUGCCGAAAGCAGAUGGAUCAAUGAGGAUGUGCAUGGAUAGUAGAGCGAUCAACAAGAUCACUAUCAAAUACAGAUUUCCCAUUCCACGGUUUGAUGACUUGUUGGAUCAGCUUCAGGGUGCGCAGGUCUUCUCUAAAAUUGACUUACGUAGUGGUUAUCAUCAGAUUCGCCUAAGACCGGGCGAUGAGUGGAAGACAGCAUUCAAGACGCGCGACGGGCUGUAUGAGUGGAUGGUUAUGCCAUUCGGCCUGUCGAAUGCACCAAGCACGUUUAUGCGGCUCAUGAACCAGGUUUUUCGACCUUUUAUUGGCAAGUUUGUGGUGGUUUACUUCGAUAACAUUCUGGUUUUUAGUCGCUCAGUAGCACAACACCUGGAGCACUUGAAGCAGAUUUUUAUCGUGCUGCGUGAGCAAAAGCUGUAUGCUAACGCGAAGAAGUGCCAUUUUCUUACGGAAGAGGUGACGUUUUUGGGUUAUGUAGUCACCAGGGAGGGAAUAAGGAUGGAUGCGGGCAAGAUAGAUGCUAUCACUAGUUGGCCGACACCGACUAGCAUUCAUGAUAUUCGGAGUUUCCAAGGGCUGGCUUCAUUUUACCAGCGCUUCAUUCGGGAUUUCAGUAGCAUUAUUGCUCCGAUCACCGAGUGCCUUAAAGUGGGCAAGUUCGUGUGGAGUAGUGAGGCGGACGCCGCAUUCCAACUGUUAAAAUUAAAGGUGACCCAAGCCCCUGUCUUAGUUUUACCCAAUUUUGAUGAUGUGUUUGAGGUUCAUUGCGACGCUUCCAACGUGGGAAUUGGUGGGGUGUUGAGUCAGAAUCAGAGGCCGAUUGCCUUUUUUAGUGAGAAGUUAUGUGAUGCACGACAAAGGUACUCUACUUAUGACAAAGAAUUUUAUGCUAUUAUUCGCACUUUGGAUCAUUGGCAGCAUUAUCUCUUGUCCAAGGAAUUUGUGUUAUUUUCUGACCACGAAGCAUUGAAGUACAUACAAGGUCAGCAUAAGCUGAAUUUUCGACAUGCCAAGUGGGUUGAAUUCAUUCAGUUGUUCUAUUUUGUGAUCAAGCACAAGGCAGGAACGCAAAAUAGGGUAGCAGAUGCUUUGAGUCGACGACACUCCCUAUUGUCUACCAUGCAAGCUCGGGUCGUGGGAUUUGACACUUUUAGUGACUUGUAUUGUGACGAACCAGAUUUUCGUGAUAUAUGGGUAAGAUGUGCUGACAGGAGUUUCCAGCAGUUCGUGACACACGAGAAGUUCUUGUUUAAGGGAAACAGAUUAUGUAUUCCAUAA